CCGGUUGUUGAGGCGUAGAAUUUCCCUGUAAAAUGGGGGUGCAUGCAAAAAGGUGGUCAAUGCGGUUAAAUGGAUGUCCCUUAUCUCUAGCGCUUAACCUUCUAGAAGCACCUAUCCACUUUAUACAUGUAGUUUUCGUUAUUUUAGCGCAUCCGGCAGUAAUAGUGAUGGUUUGGGGCCUUAGCGUGCCGGACGCAUCUGUCGUUUCUUCCGGCUUAUGCCACUUACCCUGGCUCUUUGCUGCAUUUGUAAUUCGCGCCGCGAUCGCGCCGCGAUUACCACAUGUUUCCUUGGCAGAAACUCGAAAAUCAUAGUGAAUUGGGGUUGCAUUGGCUGGUUAUGUUGAUUGCCGAAU